AGGUUUAUCUACAAUUUAUUAUCUUAAUAGGUUUUUUAAUUUUAAUAUCUCAUCGAAAUAAAACGAUAUUAUAAUAAUAAUAAUAGGUAAAAGUCAUGGCAAAUCCCUGCGGCGAAUUUCGUAAGGAUAUGCAAAAAGGUGUUGCUUCGGCAGGACCACAAGGAACAACUCUAUUACCAGCCUGUUCUAUGGCAACGAUUCAAAGCCAAAGCGCACCUGUAACGCCAAUGCGACCACGAUCACUUUAUACAGCACACAGUUAUCAUCCACAAACUGAGAACACUAAUUUUCAACGGUAUAGUGAAUUUUCCAAGUACUUUGAAACACCACCAGCAGAUCAAUGGAAUGGUAUAACAGGAGCAACCACUUAUUCGAGUUCAGCAGCUAUUUGGAGACAGCCAAGGACUCCAAAAUCAAUAGCUACUCCAUAUUACACAGCUGAGGAAGCCUGCGUUUAUACGGAAAAUUGGAGAGAACAUGAAAGCACCGAUGCGAGUGCAGGAGGUGCUAUUGCAACACCACAUGGCACCAUUUCUUUGAGACUUCGCAAUAGGAUUAGAGUUGACAUGACAGUGGAUCGUGCUGUAAGAGUGAUCAAUUUUAAGAAUAAUAUUGUACUUUCGUUAAGCUGUUCUGGAGCUGCUGCUGCAUUAUUACAUCCAAAUGGAAGAAUAUAUCAAUAUGGAUCGCGCGUUGAAAUUCUAGCUCACGAUACCCAUGGAAAUAAUAAAUACGCGAAGAUGUGGUACAAGGGUGUUAGUUUUACCUGUGAACAAUGUGCUCUUGUAUAUUUAGUGGAUGCAGCAGGAACCAGAACUACUACUGACUCGUUUUCAGAUAUGAGUCAAGACUUUUCCUUAAGUGUUUUUUACUCUGGCUCGCGACACGGAUCGUCAUGCUUGCAAGAAGCAGUAACAGCACUUGGAGCUACUCAAUAUUGGAUGACGGAUGAAGGUGUUGAAAACUGGAUCAUCAACAAUGUUAGAAUUUCCCAGACCCCAGAUGGUCUUGUCAGGAUUGCACGUAACAGCAAUAAAUAUCAACUACGAACGUCGCCUAGCAAUGGAACAGCGUCCCUGACAACACCUUUUUUACAUUGCACAGCAUCAUUGGGCCAAACAUCUCAUUUAUUUGUACGUCGAGGAGAACGGCGCAUGCAUUAUGAUGGAACAAGUUUUAUUGUACGCAAUGCAGGACACAGUGCUGGAUUUGACGACAAUGACCAGUUGAAAGUCUACUGA